GGUGUGCAGUGGUGUCUCCUGAAGGAAGAGGAAGUCAUUCCCCGUAUCAGAGCUAUGGAAGGGCGUAGAGGACGACCACCAAAUCCAGACAGACAGCACUCCAGAGAGGAGUCAAGAAUGAGACGACGCAAAGGCCGGCCUCCGAACGUUGGUAGCACUGAAUUUCUAGAAAAUAGUGACGCAAAGCUUUUAAGAAAGCUCCAGGCUCAAGAAAUAGCUAGGCAAGCAGCACAAAUAAAGCUACUGAGAAAAAUCCAGAAGCAGGAACAAGCUCGAGCUGCUAAAGAAGCGAAAAAACAGCAAGCGAUUAUGGCAGCUGAAGAAAAGCGAAAGCAAAAGGAGCAGAUAAAGAUAAUGAAGCAGCAGGAAAAAAUUAAGAGAAUCCAGCAAAUCAGAAUGGAGAAAGAACUUCGAGCUCAGCAAAUUUUAGAGGCAAAAAAGAAAAAGAAGGAAGAAGCAGCAAAUGCCAAAUUAUUGGAGGCCGAAAAACGAAUAAAGGAAAAAGAGAUGCGAAGGCAGCAGGCUGUCCUUCUGAAACACCAGGAGUUGGAGAGGCAUAGACUAGAUAUGGAACGAGAAAGGAGGAGACAACAUAUGAUGCUUAUGAAAGCCAUGGAAGCACGUAAAAAAGCAGAAGAAAAAGAGCAGUUAAAGCAAGAGAAACGCGAUGAAAAAAGAUUAAAUAAAGAACGUAAAUUGGAACAGCGAAGAUUGGAAUUAGAAAUGGCAAAGGAGCUAAAGAAACCUAAUGAAGAUAUGUGCUUAGCAGACCAGAAGCCUUUGCCAGAGUUGCCACGCAUCCCAGGCCUUGUUCUCGAUGGAAGCACGUUUUCAGAUUGUCUCAUGGUAGUGCAGUUCCUGCGUAACUUUGGUAAAGUUCUUGGCUUUGAUGUGAAUGUGGAUGUCCCUUCCCUGAGCGUUCUUCAAGAGGGUUUGCUAAACAUAGGGGACAGCAUGGGAGAAGUACAAGACUUGCUCGUAAAGCUUGUCUCUGCAGCUGUUUGUGAUCCAGGACUCCUUACAGGAUACAAGGCUAAAACUAUUCUUGGGGAACACUUGCUGAACGUUGGUAUCAAUCGAGAUAAUGUGUCUGAGAUUCUACAGAUAUUCAUGGAGGCUCAGUGUGGGCAAACUGAGCUGACAGAGAGCUUGAAGACAAAAGCUUUUCAGGCACAUACUCCAGCUCAGAAGGCAUCAGUACUUGCUUUUCUUGUCAAUGAGUUAGCGUGCAGCAAAAGCGUAGUAAGUGAAAUUGAUAAAAACAUUGAUUAUAUGUCAAACUUAAGGAGAGAUAAAUGGAUGGUUGAAGGCAAACUUCGGAAGCUUAGAAUAAUUCAUGCCAAGAAAACUGGCAAAAGAGACGCUACAGGAGGUGGUGAUGUAGGAGAGGAACAGCCGUCUCCGGAAACACCGACACCGGGCCGCAAGCGCAGACGGAAGGCGGGGGACAGUGAUUACGAUGAUGAUGACGAUGACGACAGUGAUGAGCAGGCAGAUGAGGAUGAUGAGGAUGAAGAGGACAAAGACGAUAAAAAAGGAAAGAAGGCAGAAGCUUGUGAGGAUGAGGAUGAUGGGGACCAGACAGUGAGUGUUGAAGAACUAGAGAAGCAGAUUGAAAAACUGACAAAGCAACAAAGCCAGUACAGAAAGAAGUUAUUUGAAGCUUCGCACUGUUUGCGUUCAAUGAUGUUUGGUCAAGAUCGUUACAGGCGCCGAUACUGGAUUCUGCCCCAGUGUGGUGGCGUUUUCGUAGAAGGCAUGGAAAGUGGUGAAGGCCUUGAAGAAAUUGCAAAGGAAAAAGAAAAGUUAAGAAAGGUAGAAAGCAUGUGCAUCAAAGAAGAAGAAUUUGAGACAGAAGAAAAAUUACACUGUUUGAAUACAACUCACUGUGAGCAAAAGGAAGAUCUGAAAGAAAAAGACAGCACUAAUUUGUUUUUGCAAAAGCCUGGGUCAUUUUCAAAACUAAGCAAACUGUUAGAGGUAGCAAAAAUGCCACCUGAGUGUGAUAUUUUGUCCCCAAAACCUAAUGGCAGCGCGGCAAAUGGCUGCACGUUAUCUUACCCAAGUAACUCAAAAAACUCGCUCUGCAGCCUCCAGCCCACUGUGUCACAAAGCACCAUUGACAAGUCUGAUUCUAAUAAUCUUUUCAGUCCUAAUGCAAGUGGGACAGGAAAGUUUUACAGCUCUCCACUAAUUCCAAAUGAUCAGUUGUUAAAGACUCUCACUGAAAAGGGCAGGCAGUGGUUCAGCCUGUUACCGAGAACGCCGUGUGAUGACACGUCAGUUACCCAUACGGAUACACCAGCGACUGCAGCAUCACUUACUCCUCAGUCACAUCCACCGUCGAAGUCACCUUCACCCGUUCCAUCACCUCUUCUGAGCUCAACCUCUGCACAGAGUCCCAUGGGAUUGAGUCCUUUUGCAUUGUCACCACUGCAGAUGAAGACUGGACUGCCUAUAAUGGGACUUCAGUUUUGUGGAUGGCCUACAGGAGUUCUUACUUCAAAUGUUCCAUUUUCGUCUCCUUUACCUGCUCUUGGAUCAGGUUUGGGAUUGUCGGAAGUGAAUGGUAACUCAUUCUUGGCCUCUAAUGUUCCUGCAAGUAAAAGUGAAUCACCAGCACUGCAGACUGAAAAAACAGCUUCUGCCCAUUCUGCAGCAGUUGAAGUAGCCAAGCCAGUAGAUUUUCCUAACCCAAAACCUAUACCAGAAGAAAUGCGGUAUGGGUGGUGGAGGAUUACUGAUCCGGAGGACCUAAAAUCUUUGCUUAAAGUGCUGCAUCUCAGGGGAAUAAGAGAAAAGGCCUUACAAAAGCAAAUACAGAAACACAUGGAUUACAUCACUCUGGCCUGCAUCAAAAAUAAGGAUGUUGCAAUUAUUGAUAUCAAUGAAAAUGAAGAUAACCAGGUAACUCGAGAUGUUGUGGAGAACUGGUCGGUAGAAGAACAAGCAAUGGAGAUGGAUCUUGCUAUUCUUCAGCAGGUGGAAGAUCUAGAGAGGAGAGUUGCAUCAGCUAGUUUACAAGUUAAGGGCUGGCUGUGUCCUGAACCUGCAUCAGAGAGAGACGACUUGGUAUAUCGUGACCAUAAGUCAAUUACUAGAUUGCACAAGAAGCACGAUGGAGAUUGUGCUGGAGGCGGAGAAGGCAGUGCCAGCUCUCUAGAGCGGAAGAGUGACAACCCUCUAGAUAUAGCUGUAACCAGGCUUGCUGACUUGGAGCGGAACAUAGAGCGAAGGUAUCUGAAGAGCCCCUUAAGUACCACCAUUCAGAUCAAACUGGAUAAUGUGGGCACAGUUACUGUCCCUGCUCCUGCACCAUCCAUUAGUGGUGAUGGUGACGGAACUGAAGAGGAUAUUGCUCCAGGCCUAAGGGUAUGGAGAAGGGCAUUGUCAGAAGCGCGCAGUGGUGCACAGGUAGCUCUGUGCAUUCAGCAGUUACAGAAAUCAAUAGCAUGGGAAAAAUCUAUUAUGAAAGUUUACUGCCAGAUCUGCCGCAAGGGCGAUAACGAGGAGCUGCUGCUGCUGUGCGACGGCUGCGACAAGGGCUGCCACACCUACUGCCACCGGCCCAAGAUCGCCGCCAUUCCGGACGGCGACUGGUUCUGCCCUGCCUGCAUCUUCAAGGCCAGUGGUCAAACUUUAAAAAUAAAAAAACUUCAAAUCAAAGGGAAGAAAAAUAAUGAACAAAAGAGAAGCAGGAAAUUAGCAGGAGAUACAGAGGAGGAAGACUCUGCAACUACAAGCACCUCCGUAAAAAGAGGAAAAACGGACCCUAAAAAAAGAAAAAUGGAUGAAAAUGUUUCUGUAAGCCAAUUAAAGCAAGAAAAUUUCACUGCUAUUAAGAAACCUAAAAGAGAUGACUCCAAGGACCUGGCUAUAUGCAGCAUGAUUCUCUCAGAAUUGGAAACUCAUGAAGAUGCCUGGCCUUUCUUACUUCCUGUAAACUUGAAACUGGUUCCUGGUUAUAAGAAAGUUAUUAAAAAACCUAUGGACUUUUCCACCAUUAGAGACAAGCUAAGUAGUGGACUGUACCCGAACCUGGAAGCGUUUUCGCUGGAUGUCAGGCUUGUGUUUGACAACUGUGAAACCUUUAAUGAAGAUGAUUCUGACAUAGGCAGGGCUGGCCACAACAUGAGGAAGUAUUUUGAAAAAAAAUGGACAGAGAUGUUCAAAGUGAGCUGAAGUUAACCAGAACUCUUUUUCUUUUUAUUUUUUUCCUUUUUUUUUUCUUUUUUUUUCAUUAAAUGAGGACUGAUUAAGACCAGCAAUGUGAACUGUAUUUACAUGAAAGUCCAAGGCACGUGGAUAACUAAUGACUGUUUUUUCCUUUAAAAUAUCACAGAGUUGUGAUACUAGUUCUGAAGGCUUCACUCCUACAGCAACCAUGGCCCCUUGGUUAUUGGUUUGUGUGUUUUAACAAACUAAUUUAGGUAGAACAGGGAAGCACACCCAAAGAAUUUCAAAAAAGGGGUGUUAUAGUGCAAUAGCAAUUUAAAAUAUAUCAAAACGCACUGAAUAUUCAACCACCAGAGCUCUACUUGGGAAAAUGGUUCUCUUUUCCCUUUCAAUAAAUAUCUAUUUUUCAUUUUUUUACUUUGUAGUUUAUUUUUUAGUGAAUGUAUUUAAUUUUAUGAAUUAUUUAUGAUUAUACAGCAUUCAGAAUCUUCGUUUUCUGUGAAAAGGAAGAAUUAGAAAAUUGCUUUAAAUCUUGAAAAUACAACAAGGAAUGUUUUAAAAUAUAAAACAAAGCCAAGUAAAACUGUUUACACUGAUGUGCUGUAAAAGCACUAAAAAUGAAACUUUACUGUAGAGUUACAAGUACAUUUAUAUAUAUGUUGCUGCAUCACUUGUGUAGUUAAAUUGUAUUUCAAGAUAGUGAAGAAGAAUUGAGACAUGUAUAUACUGUUCAUUAUUGUUUAUAUUAAGUCUUGUUUUAAAUAUGUAUGAUGUGUACAUAUUGUUUGCAGACAUUAUUGUUUAUGCCUUAGGAGGACGGUAGCAUUUUAUUUUAGUCUUAAUUAUAGCUAUAUGGCUUGUACAGUAAUUAUCCUCUACCAACACUGUGGAGUCUCCUUAAUCUUGGUAGUGCCUGCCUUUAAAACAGGGUGUAGGGGAUAUUAGUUUUUUCCAUUUUUCUAUUUUGUUAUAUAAUUUCAAGCCACCACGGCCUCAAACUCAAGUAUAAUCAUUUGUAUCCAUGUGGAAUAAAAUUGUGACGAUUUCCUACGCACACAGUAUUUUUUCAUAGAAACAUUUCCCUCCAUUUGCCUUGCCACAGAAAUAACAGACAUUUGUAACCACUGUGUUUUAUCUACUGUGUGUUGUGGUGGCCUGUUGAGGCAGAUAGAAUUUUUUUUGUACUAAUGUAAGAGUACUUGAAGUUUUAUUUAAAAGAAAUGUUGUGGAAAGGUAGCAUUCUUUUUCUUUUCCUUUUUUAGGAGUGUUAUUUUUCACUAGUAUGUGUGGCACGGAUACAAUAAAAGACUGUUUUGCAACCCA